CAAAUGAUAGGUGCACAGAGCACGGUCUUUUUGUCUGUUCUGUUUGGUGUUUAUUUUUUUUCUUUUUUCUGCAGAAGGGACAGUUGACGGUUACAGACAAAACUUCCAACCCUUCAUUCGUAUCUUGUGAAGCACCUCAUCAGCUAGAGAAGAAACAGGUAACACACCCUUCGGAGAUAUUUGCAUUGGUCUUGCUCAUGGCAACUCGCAAACUUUCCUGGCUCCUCUCUCGCUCUCUCUCUGCUUCCCCUUCUUCUCAAGCUGCUUCUCUUCUUCACUCACUAGGGAGAAACUAUGGCAAAUUGGGGAACGUAAACAGAUUCAGCACUGUAGCAGCAGUUGAGGAAUUGAUCUCUCCACAAGUGCCAAUAACAUACACAAAGCAUCUUAUAAAUGGGCAAUUUGUGGAUGCUGCAUCAGGGAAAACUUUUCCGACUUACGACCCGCGCACAGGAGAAGUUAUUGCUCAUGUCUCUGAAGGUGAUGCUGAAGAUAUCAACCGUGCGGUAUCAGCAGCUCGCAAAGCCUUUGAUGAAGGACCAUGGCCAAAAAUGAAUGCUUAUGAAAGAUGUAAGAUAAUUCUUCGCUUUGCUGAUUUGGUUGAGAAACACAGUGAGGAGCUUGCAGCUCUGGAGACAUGGAAUUGUGGAAAGCCUUAUGAACAGUCUGCCAAGUCUGAAUUACCUUUAUUUGUGCGUUUGUUUCGUUACUAUGCUGGUUGGGCAGAUAAAAUACAUGGUUUGACAGUGCCUGCUGAUGGAAAUUAUCAUGUAGAGACAUUGCAUGAACCAAUUGGUGUUGCAGGACAAAUCAUACCUUGGAACUUCCCUCUCAUCAUGUUUGCUUGGAAAGUUGGACCAGCUCUAGCUUGUGGUAAUACUGUCAUCCUCAAGACUGCUGAACAAACACCUUUAACAGCUCUCUAUGUGGCAAAACUAUUUCAUGAGGCUGGUCUUCCACCAGGUGUUUUGAAUAUAGUUUCUGGCUAUGGUCCAACUGCUGGUGCAGCUCUUGCAAGUCAUAUGGAUGUGGACAAGCUAGCAUUUACUGGAUCCACUGAGACUGGAAAAAUUGUACUUGAAUUGGCCGCAAGAAGCAACCUGAAGCCUGUUACACUGGAACUUGGAGGAAAAUCACCUUUCAUUGUAUGUGACGAUGCUGAUGUUAACAAGGCUGUGGAACUUGCACAUUUUGCUCUAUUCUUUAAUCAGGGGCAAUGUUGCUGUGCUGGGUCUCGUACCUUUGUACAAGAGCGUAUCUAUGAUGAGUUCUUGGAGAAAUCGAAGGCCCGUGCUUUGAAUCGUGUUGUUGGUGAUCCCUUCAAAAAAGGGGUUGAACAAGGCCCUCAGAUUGACGUGGAACAAUUUCAGAAAGUCCUUAGGUACAUAAAGUCUGGUAUUGACAGUAAAGCUACUCUUGAAUGUGGGGGUGACAGAAUUGGCUUAAAGGGUUUCUUUGUUCAGCCUACUGUCUUCUCAAAUGUUAUGGAUGAUAUGUUGAUAGCAAAAGAUGAAAUCUUUGGCCCAGUUCAAACCAUCUUGAAAUUCAAGGACAUUGACGAAGUAAUUCGAAGGGCAAACGCAACGCAUUAUGGUCUAGCAGCUGGUGUUUUCACGAAGAACGUGCACACAGCCAACACUUUGAUGCGAGCACUGAAGGUUGGAACUGUGUGGAUUAAUUGCUUCGAUGUUUUUGAUGCUGCAAUUCCCUUUGGAGGGUACAAGAUGAGUGGCAUUGGCAGAGAAAAAGGAAUCUACAGUCUCAACAAUUACCUGCAGGUCAAAGCCGUGGUUUCACCUCUGAACAAUCCUGCAUGGCUAUGAAUUCCUCAAACUGCUAUGUCGUCUUGUUCUGUAUGGUUGGAUGAUAUAUAAUAACGACAUUUUCAGGACUCAAGAAACCUUUUUUAAAUUAUGACUCAUAUUCUGCGUGGCUAUCAACAUUUUCCUCUCAUGCAAUGCCAUAAAUAACGUGAUGUUAGAUUCUAGGACAAAACCUGAUUUGAUAAGUAAACAUCAUUAGUCUGUUAAACGUUACAAUUUAUAAUUUUGCGCUGAAUUUACAUUUACAGGUUUAUUUAACGCGUUUUCAAAUAAACACACGUUAUACGGGAUGGAAUGAUGCUUGUGUAUUUUAUCUAUUUUCGUCAGUUAAAUUUCUCAAACACAAUUUGUUUGUACUCUGGAAUGACACUGUUACUGUAUGAUCAAAUUAUUUGU